CUCUGAUGACGUAUCCAAGUCUUUGCUGCUGCUUCUCCGGCAUGACUUCACAAGUUUUGGUGAUCUCAUAGAUUUUAUUAACAAUUUAAUGUCUGUACUCUGUACACAUUCAGACUUUUAAGGCAUUAGCAUCCCAAAAAAUACUUUUGUGUAAAGUUUGAUUCCUUCAAAAAUGGAAUCCAACGGAUAGAAGUUUAAGAUCAUUGCUAACGUCCUCUUUUAUGCUAAUAGCAAAUCCAGUUGUCAUGGCAUCGGAGGACGAAUUCAAUCUGCUGGUCAUUGUUAUAGACGUAAAUCCCAUAUGGUGGGGGCAGCAAGCUCAACGUGAUCCAGAGUUUACUUUAUCAAAGUGUUUGGAUGCUAUUAUGGUGAUGGGGAACUCGCACAUGGCCAUGACUACGACAAACAAAUUGGCUAUCAUUGCCAGCCACUGUCAAGAGAGCCACUUUCUAUAUCCUUGCAAGAAUGGGAAAAUAGGAGAUGGUCUCGGAGAUGAUACAUGCUCUAGUGGAGAUGGAAAGUAUGAACUUCUGUCAGUUGCUAAUAACCAUAUUGCUGAAGAAAUAAAGAAUUUCAUGUCAAAAACUGAUGUGAAGGGACAUUCAACAGAUACUUUGCUGGCUGGUUCCCUUGCCAAAGGGCUAUGUUAUAUUCACAGAGUCAUAAAGGAGUUGGAAGCUGGACAAGAAAUCAAAUCAAGGAUAUUGGUGAUAAAAGCAGCGGAUGACUGUGCCCAUCAGUAUAUGAACUUCAUGAAUGUUAUUUUUGCUGCCCAAAAGCAGAAUAUCCUAGUAGAUGCUUGUGUGUUGGACACAGACUCAGGUCUACUUCAGCAGGCUUGUGACCUAACUGGAGGAUUGUACCUUAAGAUACCACACAAGGCUGCCCUGGCACAAUACCUUUUGUGGGUAUUCCUGCCUGAUUCCGAGCAGCGUGCGCAGCUGGUACUCCCACCACCCGUUCAUGUAGACUACAGAGCUGCGUGCUUUUGCCAUCGUAACCUUAUUGAAAUUGGUUAUGUCUGUUCUGUAUGUUUGUCAAUAUUCUGCAACUUCAGUCCCAUCUGCACAACUUGCGAGACUGCUUUCAAAAUCCAAUUACCACAGAUGGUUAAGCCCAAGAAGAAGAAAAUCAAGCCAUCCACGUGAUGUGUGUCAGAAGGAUACUGUGCACUUAAUAUGCCUAUUUUUGAUAUUACUGAAUAAACCACUACUGACUGGUGUAGUUGACAAUUUCAGUGAUGUAUGUUUGAAUCAAUGGACUGUAUUAAAAGUGAC